UUACUGGCCGGAAACACUGUUGUGUUUCUGUUUACUUUGACAGCUGAUUACAGCCGGUCGGUUUAGGGGCUUUAAAGCAGCUUUAUCAAGCUAUGAUGCUCUAAACUCAACUCAACAAACUCAAACAUCUCAGCUCGCUAGAUUAUAAAUAAACAAACAAACAAACAAACAAACGAACGAACGAACGAUAAACCGUCGAUUUAACGUUAAUCCGAUCAGAUCGACACACGUGGAGUGCUGCGUUUGGAUUUUGUGCAACGUUAUUGCAGUUAAUUUGUUGUGUGAGAAUUUAGUGCAUUUUUAUCGCCAUUCAGAAUAAUCCUCGUUUGUCCAAAGUGAUAAAAAAACAGAGUAAUAGUGCCAUGGUGGAGGAGACAGAGACUCGGGACAUUUAGUACUUUUCCAGCGCGACUGGACGGUACCUGAACGCACCAAAUUGUUUUUUCUAGCCAGGUUAUAGUUAUAUAAAUAUAUCUUUUUUAUUCAAACUAUCAUGGCUGCUGCAUUGUUCGGAAGAGGACCAGGAUUAUGUGUGAGAUGUAUUCACAGGGAGUUGUGCAGACUCGUAUGGAGGCCGCAAACUGCUCUGUUCAGCUCCAAACCAUCAGACAGAAAACAACCACGCAUAACACACUUCAAGAAAGCAAAACCUCAGCCAGCAGUGGAUAUCCCUAAACUCUUGGAGCAACUCUACACUCAGAAGAGGCCGGGCAAAGUGUCUCCUGCUGGUAAAGCUCGACCUGCCCAAGCCUCCUCCACACCUACCAAACCUCCUGACUCCUCCUCCACGAAGGUCUCCACCUCAAGUGUUCCUCCUUUGUCAAAGACAGCAUCAGCGUCUGUCUUUCCUGCUGCUUCUAGUCUUCCUGAGAAGAAUACAGCCACUUUUAAAACUGCAACGCAUUCCACACAACCAGAACCAGCUUCUCCAACAAACACCUCCUCUGAAACACCUCAGCAGUCUGUCGUUGACGGACGAGUAGAGCCUACAGUAGAUGCCGCAGCUGAAGAGGUACGGCCUAAAAGCAUCGACUUAAGACUUGUUGACGCCUCACAAACUGCCACAGUAGAACCCUUAAUAGAAACUACAUCAGUAGAGGCCAGCACCUCUGCUCUAGAAACACAGGAGAGUACAGCUACAGUUGCUGAAGUUCCAGUAGAAGUUCUGGCUGAAGAAGUACAAACCAAAAGCACAGAAUCAGGAGGGAUUAACCUUUUACACACUGCCACAGUAGAACCCUUAAUAGAAACUACAAUAGAACCAUCAGUAGAGACCAGCACCUCUGCUCUGGGAAUACUGGAGAGUAGAGCUGCUGUCGCUGAAAGUACAGUCGAGCCUACAAUAGAUGCUGAAACAGAAACAGUAGCUCAAGCACUACAAACCAACAGCACAGACUCAGCUCCCGUUAAUCUCUCACACACUGCCAAAGAAGAACCCCUAAUAGAAACUACAGUAGAAUCAACAAUAGAGGCCAGUAAAUCUCCUUUGGAGAAUAGAGCAGCUGAAAGCACAGAAGAUGCAACAGUAGAUGCUCCAGCUGAAGAAGUACGAUCCAACAGCACAGACUCAGGAGUGGUUGACUUCAUGCAGACUACCAAAGUAGAACCCUUAAUAGAAACUACAGUUGAAUCAUCAGUAGAGGCCAGUAGACCUCCUCUAGAGAAUAGAGCUGCUGUUGCUGAAGGUCCAGCAGAGCCUACAGUAGAAACUGGAGCAAAUACAGCAGCUGACAGCCUCUCACACGCUGCCUUAAUCCAAAUUGUACAAGAAUCUGCCGCCUUGCCUUUGAAAAAUGAAAUUGAAUCUACAGUAGAAUCUACAGUAGAAUCAUCUUCAGGAAAUGCUGCUGUUGAAGAGGGAGUGAACGCGGCUGAAGAAAUGAAUUUAGAGUCUGUAACUUUAAAUCUAGUGAAGGCUUUGUUGGAGUCUUUAAAAACCGAUGAGCUCCUGCAAACGAAAUCCGUUCUUGAUGAGAAAGCUGAAAAACGCCUCCAGGAGCUGUUGGUCCAGACGGGGGUCGUAGCCGAAUACAAAGCUGCAGUUGAAACCGAGAAUUCAGCCGAAGCUGAAAGAGAAAUUUUAACUAAAGUUCUUUCAAAUUGGGAAUCUCUGUCUGAAGAUCUUCAAGAGUUAGAAGGUGAAACCGGCAUGUUGGUGAAAGAGCUUCUCUGUCAUGUUCCUGCUGUGCUCUCCAACACUUCAACUGGGGUAACAACAAGUUCAGAUUUUCAUGCCACAGCUCCUGAACCUCCUGUAGGAGCAAACGGAAACUUGUUGCACGUGGAAGAGGAGAAGCUGAGCAAAGAGGAAGCCAUGACACUGGAAUCAAUAACGUUGGCAGACGUAAAAGCUGAAGUUGGAAGCCUUGAAUAUAAAGUUCUGCAAGAAAUGAAGGAUGCGCUUGAGAACGAAGCUGAUGUACUUGCAAAAGAGGAGAAAAUGAUGGUUGAGACGGAAAGAGAGGAUGUUGCUGAUUUUGAAGGCACAAUAGAAACUGAAAUUUUGACACUAGAUUCUAUCUCUGAAGCCACGGACGCGUUAGAAGCUGAGACAUCUGUUAUUCUGGAGUCCAUGUUUGGUUCUGAGCAAGGACUGAGGCAGCCGCCUGACACUUUACUCGCUGGCAAGAAACAGGAUGAAGCGAUCAUUCACAAAACAGAAAAAGAGCCCAGAGAGCAGGACGGGAGUGUCGUGGAGGCCAUGAGUCUCGAGUCUGUGACGUUGGCAGAAGUUGAGGCCUCCUUGGGAGCUCUAGAGAGCGAGUCUCUGAAGGAAACCUCGGCUUUUCUGGAGGAGGAAGCUGAGAUACUUGCUGGAGAGAAGAAGGUGGAGGUAGAAGACGGUGCAGCGUCUGAAGAGAUGACCGAGGCUCUAACGGUUGAGUCUCUGUCUCUGCCUGAAGCUGAUGUACUUGCAAAAGAGGAGAAUAUGGAGGUUGAAAUAAAAAGAAAGGAUGUUGCUGAUUUCGAGGACACAAUACAGGCUGAAAUUUUGACACUAGAUUCUAUCUCUGAAGCCACGGAUGCGUUAGAAACUGAAACAUCUGUUAUCCUGGAGUCCAUGUUUGGUUCUGAGCAAGGACUGAAGCAACCACCUGACGCUGUACUCAUUGACAAGAAACAGGAUGAAGCGAUCAUUCAGGAAGCAGAAAAACAGUCCAGAGAGCAGGACGGGAGUGUCGUGGAGGCCAUGAGUCUCGAGUCUGUGACAUUGGCGGAAAUUGAGGCCUCCUUGAGAGCUCUAGAGAGCGAGUCUCUAAAGGAAACCACAGCUUUUCUGGAGGAGGAAGCUGAGAUACUUGCUGGAGAGAAGAAGGUGGAGGUAGAAGACGGUGCAGCGUCUGAAGAGAUGACCGAGGCUCUAACGAUUGAGUCUCUGUCUCUGCCUGAAGCUGAUGCUCUUUCUGAAGCUCUGCAGACAGACGCGCUGAUGGAGGAGCUGCUUUUUUCUGUUCCUGGGCAUGUAGCGGGCCGAAGAGAAAGCCAGACUGGUCAGGAGGUUGUGAGAGAGAAUAUUCUGGAUGCAACAGUUGCCACGAGGUCAGGGGUCGCUGACACGGUGGCUGCAGAGACUGAUGAUCUCCCAGCUCCCCCUGCUCAGAAGGAGGUGCUGCUGGGACAGGAAAAGGAGGAGCAGGAAGAUGGAGCAAAGCCUGAAGAUUUGGAGAUUCAGGAAGGUACAGGAACACAUGCAGAUUUGGAUCCAGUCCAGAGACUCUUCCUGGAGAAGAUCAGAGAGUAUAACAACAUGCGCAGGUUGAGUGGAGAGCCAGUGGAGAUGGAGCCAGAUUAUGAGAAGUCCCUGUCAGAGGAGACAGCUAAACUCCAGAGACUUUAUGGAGGAGGAGAUCUGAGCAGCUUCCCUCAGUUCACCUUCACCGAGCCCACGAUGGAUAAGGACUCCAAAUGAUCCACCUCCUACUACUCUUCCUCAGACUUUCUCCUCCAUCCUCAUUUCAAUUCUUCAUCCACUGCAGAACAGAGAGAAUGAGAGAGAGGAGGAGGAGGAAGCAUAUCAAGUGUGUUUUGGAUGAUCUGCUGGUAGAAUAAAGAGAAAGUGUACCCCCAGCUGUGUGUCUGAACUGUGCAAUAAUGAUAGAAAUGAUUUUAUUUUAUUAAAUUGGCACUUUGAACAGAA